AUGCAUCUGAUGCUCUGCAACGACCAUGACAGCUUCUCUCGAACUUUGAUUCUGAAGCAUAAUCCUCGGAAGACCUCCAAGACAAGCAUAAAUUUCAAGCAUCAGAAGACUCCUCUUGGCUGCACCCGUCACAGCCGAUAUCCUCCGGCUGCCGCCAGAGAUUGGUUUGGUGGUUACCGUCGCCUUAACCAGGUUCAUCUACCUGAAUGCCACCGUCGCAUCAUAGUUGCUACUGCAGGCAAUGUUUAUUCGGAUGAUGUGGCUGAUUUGGCUGUUGGUUUGAUGUUUCGAGGAAGGUUUCGGCGAGCAAUCGUUGUGGCAGUCUUUACACCAGAAUCUUACAAGGACUUAAGUAAACUUGUGGGGGAGAAUUUGGAGGCUUUCUUCUCCAACAAACCAUUACUCUCUGAAUAUGUGGAUGAAUGA